CUCCUUUUGAAAAUAGGCUCAAGUAACCAUAGAAGCAGCAACAGCCUUUUAUAGAACAUAACAACAAAAAAGAAGCUUUUUUUCUUUUAAAAGGAAAACUAUAGAUGUUUCAUUCUUCUGGUCUUAGAUAUGAACAAUAUUUGAUUCGCUCUGCAAAGCAAGACUCAAAGCAUACACUUCAUAAAAAACGCUCUUCACUCGAAUCUGAAAUAUCAGCCGGAGCUGAUAGCGGAUAUACCUCCUCAUCGUUCACUCCCACAUGCUCAAUUGUAUCAACUCCAACCACUAUUUCAACUUCAACUAUAACAACAACCGAUGAGAACAAAAAGCCUCACAUUACUGGUCCACCAAAAAAGAAAAAAAGAUACCACCAAACCCCUCGCCAACCCGAUCUAGUCUAUUCUUGCCCGAGGCCUCUAGCGUUUCCGUUUCACAACGAUGACCAUUUCUUACCUAUUGCGGAAGCUGAUCCUCGCGAUGUUGCUCGAGUAUCGCCACCGUCUAUCAAUAGAGCUUCAUCUAUUCAAUCAAAAAGUACAACCAGCAUUAGUCGUCAUGAUGCAGAUUCCUCAUACAGUAGAAGAUCCUCUGUCUUGAGCUCAAUACAACGAGGCACCGUGCGUUCAAUAAGAUCCCUCUUUCAGUUACCGGAUUCCCUGAGUAACCUGAGCCAGAGGACCACACAGACGUCGAUUAUUACUACAGAUCCGCCCCUUGAAAGAUUAGAGAUAAAAAAGGGAACAGUUCAGUCACUAAAGGACUUCUUCUCAAAGCGACAACCGCCACAGACAUCGUCAUCCAUUGUAUCACCUGCAUCUCCCAAGCGUGGUCAGCUUGGUACAACCAUCGGCUCUAUUCAGACGAACAAAACGACCAAUGAUUCUAGAGCAUCUUUAAAGAAAAAUAGUAAUCCUAGUAGUAGUAGUUGCACCAAAUUAUCAAGUAACCCCAGUUCCAAAAAAUCUUUUACCUCACGUGCUUCAGAAUUCGCUAGUCGUGCCUUCUGGAAAAAACCAGCGGAAUCUACUACGUCUUGUUCUGUUAAGCAACCAAAUGUAUUAACUACACCUAGAGUCGAUCGACCUGCGGCACAGAAACCUCUUCCAGAACCACCGAAAAAGAAGACUAUAAAAUCUGAAGUAAAGAAGAUAUCUGCUCGUGUGAUAUCUUCAUUCCGUCCAACACCAAAAGCAGAUAAAAUUGACAAGCCAAGCAAGCCAUCUUUAUUUUCAUUUAAAAAGAAUAAUGAUGAAUCACUUAAAAAGAAACCUAGUGCUGCGGCAACGACAAUACCAGAAGAACCCUCCAAAGUUGGUAAAUUAUGGAAGAGUUUCAAGAACUUGAUGACAGGUAAAAAGUCAUCUCGUGUAGGAGUAUUGUAGAUUCUUUCUAUUUUUUAUAUAUGCCCAUAUAUAUCCCCCCCCCCUUGUUUUAAUUCUUAUUACCAUUUACCUAUUAUCUUAACUGUAUACCAUUCUUUAUUUAUGUCAAUCCUCUCUUUUUAUGCAAUUCUUUAAGUUGAACAUUUUUGUGUAUUAAAAAAAAAUGUUGUAUUUUAAACUUUUUAAGCUAAUGCGCC